UGCAACUUCAAAUGUUGCACGAAAAUGUCUCAAACCCUGUUAAGACGACAUGAAGAUAAGUGGUGGGGCUGGAGAGGCUAGGCUGGAAAUAUUAAAUAGCCAUUAGUCCAUGCCUCAAGUGCGGACAGAUACAAAGCUAUGUGCCAUACACGUUUCACAUAAUCACAGUACAAUUUUUAUGCCAUCCAUGUUUUAUAUAAUCACAAUGAAUAAGACUUUAUGUAGCUCAUGAAAUGCUGCUAGCGUUUGGAUUCUCCUAACUGAAUCACUCUUAGUUUCACAGAUUUUCCAUUACUCAAAUUUAAAGCUUUGCUAUACAUAACAUCUCUGAACGACCAAAAAUGAUCUAUCAUAAAAUAUUAUUUUAGAUGCAGUGUCACAAAUUAAUAAUUUAUAACCCAAAUAACAUGUGAAACUUCCAUGUUUCCACCAGUCACAAAGACAAUUUCUGUUUAAUCUAUCAAAGUUGCCAACCAGACCACCUUGUGAUGCUUAGAUCAAGUUAAAGACUAUUGGACGAAAAUUGUCCUAAAACCCAUGUGACCCACCUCCAUUUUCUUUGAUCUUUUUCCCAUAUAUAAUGCCUAUAUAAAAAACGCUGCAUUUUCUGACCAUUUUGUGUGGUUUGUGAUCUAACUCUAAUUCCAAAGUCACAAUGGGGAAGAAUCUAAUCCUCUUGCUAUGUUGUUUGAGUGUUUUGAUUAGUGUUACGGUUGCAGACUGGAACAUUCUGAAUCAGAAAUCAAAGCUUGGGCUGAAGAUUACUCUCAAGAACUACUGUGAGAGCUGGAGGAUGAAUGUGGAGCUGCAUAAUAUUCGAGAUUUUGAAGUGGUUCCUGAAGAAUGCACUGAUUAUGUAAGGAAAUAUGUCUCAUCCACUCAAUAUGAUAUAGACUCUGAGGUAGCAAUGGAGGAGUGCUUGGUUUAUCUUAGCACAAGCUGUGAUUUGCAGAAAGAUGGUAGAGAUGCUUGGAUUUUUGAUAUUGAUGAUACCCUUUUGUCCACUGUGCCUUACUACAAGAAACACAAUUAUGGGGGAGAGAAGCUGAACCUGACAUCUCUAGAGGAGUGGAUGAGGCAGAGCAAAGCACCUGCUUUAGAGCACUCCCUCAACUUGUUCAAUGAGUUGAAAGCAAGAGGGCUUCAGAUCAUUUUGGUUUCUUCCAGGAGGGAGUAUCUCAGAUCAGCCACAAUUAACAAUCUUGUUAAUGUUGGUUACCAUGGAUGGACUAGUCUCAUAUUGAGGGGACCUGAAGAUGAAUCCAAGAGAGUGCAAACUUUCAAGGCUAAUGUGAGAAAACAAUUGAUAAACAAUGGGUACAGAAUCUGGGGCAUUGUUGGAGACCAAUACAGUAGCAUUGAAGGCUUUCCAGCUGCAAGGAGGACAUUCAAACUUCCAAAUCCGUUGUACUACGUUUCUUGAAAAACCAUGUUUGUGCCUAAAUUUUUCCCUGCUUGAAAUCUAAAAUUCCAGUUGUUUUGAGAUGAAGCAACAUAUGCCUGUUUCCAGUUUUUGACUGUUAAAAGAGUGUAUGUUUCAGAGUGGUAAAUGAAUAUGA